AUGUACAAGCUCGCGUCGCGCGGGCAUCACACUGCCAAUCGGAUUCUCUUAUUUGUCUUCGCCUUCCUAUUUUGCACUUGCACCGCGCAUGCUGCUGUGUACCUCGCCGAUAUCAUCGCCGAUUUCACUAGCUCGACACCGGCGCUGGUCCACAUAGCCGACCAAGGACGCCCCCAAUCAAUCACAGAACUGACGUUGUAUAUCAUCAACUGCCAGAUCGGGGAUUAUUUCCUAACGUGGCGUGUUUAUUCCUUCUGGAGAAGCAAGGUCAUCGUGGCCGUGCUGGUUGUCUUGUCGCUUGUUCCACUCGUGAUAGGCUGUGUCGCCACAAACCUCUUGAGUCGGCAGCACACUAUCCUUGUUGGUUCCGUACGUACCUGGGCGGUAGUCGCAUGGGUAUCCUCCGUAAUUGUGCAAGUGUGUGGCUCGCUCCUCAUCGGCUGGCGAGCGUGGUCAACGCCCACGACUGUGGUGGCCAAUGGACGCCAGGGCUUCAAUCCGUGGACAAUCAUCUGGACGCUUGUUGACUCGGGUGCUUUGUAUACGAUCACGACAGUACUCGUUCUUGCGCUCUGGUUCGACUAUCCGGGUGCAUUCAACGUGCUUGUAGCGAUCCUCGGCCAGAUCGCCGCAUUCGUACCGCUGACCAUCACUCUUCGUGAGUGCUGGAAGGCGGACCAUGCGCCGAGCAAUCGCGGACCAUCUGCCGGGACGUUCCUUGUCCCAGUUCGUGAGAGCUACAGCCUUCAGCCCACAACGCACUCUCGUAACAACGGUGGCUUGCCCGAUGGCAUCAUGAUUACCACGGACCAACAUAGCGACGGUACACUCAAGAAGGCAGAGAUGUACGAGUCGGACGCUGGCAGUCCGCCCAGCCGAUAUGGCGUUCAGGUCUAG